AUGUCCAGGAGUGUAGUAUAUCCAGGUGUUGUUCCAGGUGUAGCAUGUCCAGGUGUUGUUCCAGGUGUAGCAUGUGCAGGUGUAGCAUGUCCAGGAGUUGGUCCAGGUGUAGCAUGUCCAGGUGUAGCAUGUCCAGGUGUUGGUCCAGGUGUAGCAUGUCCAGGUGUAGCAUGUCCAGGUGUAGCAUGUCCAGGUGUUGUUCCAGCAUGUGCAGGUGUUGUUCCAGGUGUAGCAUGUCCAGGAGUUGGUCCAGGUGUAGCAUGUCCAGGUGUUGGUCCAGGUGCAACAUGUCCAGGUGUUGGUCCAGUUUCGCUCCGCUGGGCUGAGCUUGCUCGAAAAGAAAGCACACGGACGGGGCUUGGAUGGAACGCCCGAGUGUUGGGACAGCACGGCUCCAACCCCAGCCUCGGACGCAUCCACCUCCACUAUGAACGCUAA